AUGUUGAAGCCAGCUCAAACCGCCAGCCAGCUAGGCAACCCAGCCUCGUCAGAUGAAUCAUCGACCACAACCACAGCCGCUACAGUCGACACACCAACUGAGCAGGAGGCAUCGAUCAAGCAUUUCGGCGAUUGGCCUAAUGCUCAAGGUUUUGAUACAACCUAUGAGGAGCGGACACCAGUUGAGCUCUCGGUAGAAGGACACAUACCUGCUUAUGCUGCCGGUGUGCUCUACCGAACGGGACUUGGUCCUCGUGCGGUAGAUUGUGGUGACCAGGGCGUUUUCAGAACUAGCCAUUGGUUCGACAACUUUGCACAGGUUCAUCGCUUUCAGAUACAUACUCCCUCACAGGCAGGAGGGAAGGUAAAGGUUACCUAUGUCUCCCGGUUGACCAGCGAUGGCCUUAUCGAGCAGGUAAAGAGGGACGGCACUCUCAAGGGCAUGACAUUUGCAAAGAAGUAUGAACCUUGCAAAACACUGUUCCAGAAACUUCAGUCGUUCUUCACGCCGGCAAAUUUUCUACCAAAGAAGCCACCAAAGCCCGACGAGGUCAAUAUUGGUGUUACAAUGUCAGUCAACUAUCCUGGUCUGGAUGCGGUGGGAAAUGCUGUCUCUGGUCCCAGUGAUCAGAGCCGCAUAUCAUCGCUCUGCACCAAGACGGACGCUGCAGUCGUGCAAAUGCUGGACAGCGAAACACUGGAGCCACUCGGUCUAGCAAAGCAAGAGGUCCUCCACCCGGAAUUGAAAGGGCCAGUGAGUGGCGCUCAUGCCAAGUCCGAUCCAGCGACAGGCGAUGUUUUCAACUUCAACCUACAGUUCGGCUCGGUUGGUACUUACAAGGUUUUCAGGACCUCGGCGUCGACUGGCAAGACAAGCAUCUUAGCCACGAUCCGUCACACAACAGCAUAUCUUCAUUCAAUUUUUCUUACCGAGAACUACGCCGUCAUCUGUAUCUGGAAUUCAUACUUCAAGGCUGGUGGUAUGAGCAUUCUAUUGAAGCAAAACUUGAUUGAGGCUAUGGAGUACAACCAGUCCGCGCCAGCUAAGUGGUUUGUGAUUGAUAAGCGACCAAGCGAAGAAGGAGGCAGAGGAGUGAUUGCAACCUACGACUCGCCACCAUUCUUCGGCUUUCAUGCAGUCAACGCAUAUGAGUCUAUAUCUGAUGAUGGGGUCAAGAGUAUAGUCGCUGACAUCCCUGUGUACCAGAGCAUGGAAGUACUGAAUGCAUUCUAUUUCGAAAAUCUGUUGUCAGACUCACCUACAGCUGGUGAAGUCCAAGGUAAAUGGGGCGACUCGUUAGCACCAAAGUACCGACGAUACAGACUUCCAGAUAUCCCGAACGAGCCACGAGAGGAGACCCGACACGCGGUACAGGAGUUCGAGCUCGGCAGGCGCGACACACCAGAAUUGCCCACGGUCAAUUGGUCAGUGUUUACCAAGAAGCAUAGAUAUGUGUAUGGCGUAUGUGACAGUGGUGUUUCGACCUUUGCCGACAGUCUGCUCAAGUUGGACCUCAAUGACAACUCGGUCAAAAGAUGGAGCGUUCGUGGUCAGACAGCAGGAGAGGCACUAUUCGUUGCCGAUCCCGAAUCAGAGGAUGAAGACGGUGGAGUUCUCCUCACAAUUGUGCUUGAUGGCAUCUCAGGAAAGAGCUAUCUCUUGGUGCUUGAUGCGAAAGACCUUACUGAGCUUGGGCGAGCCAGCGUGAAUGGAGCGAUAGGAUUCGGCUUUCAUGGUGUUCACGCGAAAGCAGCGUUGACUGCCGGCAAGGACAGAUCUUUGGCUGCACAUCUAUAA